AUGAAUGAAUCAAAAGGAAUUAAAAGACCAUUUUCAUCAACAAAAGCAGUCAGAGAUAAAUCAGGUUUUAAACUUCGACAGCAAGAUAUUGAUAAAUCUAUUAAAACAGCUUUCGAAUUGAAUGGUGCAAAUAAUCCUGAUAUUGUACAGGGUAAAACUAUAGAAGAAGAAGAAAUGGAAGGUACUAAAUGGAUUAUAGAUGGUAGAUUAAGAAGAGUUUUACCUUAUUAUUUUACAUAUAUGACAUAUUGUAAGCAAAGAUGGCUUGAUAGAAAAUUAAUUGAUGUUUUUAUUGAUGAAUUUAGAGAUAGAACUCCUGAACAAUAUAGAAAAGCUAUUGAACUAGGUCAAGUUUGUAUAAAUUCAAAACCAGCAGAUUUAAAUUCCGUUCUUAAAAAUGGUGAUCUUAUUACUCAUCGAAGUUUUAGAAGAGAACCAGGUGUUACUUCAACACCAAUUAAAAUUGUUUAUGAAAAUGAUGAAAUUAUUGCUAUUGAUAAACCAUCAGGAAUACCCGUACAUCCAACUGGUAGAUACAGAUAUAAUACUAUCACAAAAGUGAUGCAGUAUGAAAUGGGUAAAACGGUACAUCCAUGUAAUAGACUAGACAGAUUAACUUCAGGUUUAAUGUUCCUUGGAAAAACGUCUAAAGGUGCAAAUGAAUUUAUGAAACAAAUUCGAGAUAGGAAUGUUCAUAAAGAGUACAUAUCUAGAGUUAAAGGAGAAUUCCCACUUGAAGAUAUUACAGUAGAUAAACCAUUAUUUACAGUAUCUCCCAAGCAUACUUUAAAUAUUAUAGAUGAGAAAAAUGGUAAAGAAGCUAUAACUGAAUUUAAAAGGAUUUCUUAUGAUCCUAUUACCAAUACAUCAAUUGUUAAAUGUCAUCCAUUAACGGGAAGAACACAUCAAAUCAGAGUACAUUUACAAUAUCUUGGUCAUCCAAUUGCAAAUGAUCCAAUUUAUUCAAAUAGUUUUAUUUGGGGAGAAAACAAUUCAAAUGAUAAUGAGACAAUAAUAGCAAAUUUGGAUAAGAUUGGUAAGACUAAAGCAGCAUCAAGUUGGUUCAAUAAGGAAGAAAAUGGUGAAAGAUUAAUGGAAGAGAUUUGUCCAAUUACAGGAUUACAAUUAUACUCCGAUCCUGGUCCAAAUGAUUUAGAUUUAUGGCUUCAUGCAUAUUGUUAUGAAAAUAAAAAUGGCGAUUGGUCUUAUAAAACAUCAUUUCCAGAAUGGUCAAUUGAACAUGCAAGAAAAUUCAUGCAAUUAGCCAUCAAAGAAGCAGAAAAAUGUGACGAAACUCAAACUCAGUUUAAUGUUGGUUGUGUUUUGGUGAACAAUGGUGAAAUUAUAUCAACGGGUUAUUCUCGAGAGUUGAGUGGUAAUACACAUGCUGAGCAAAAUGCCUUGGCUAAAUAUUUUACAAAAACUGGAAAGAAUGAAGUACCACUAGGGACUGAACUUUAUACAACUAUGGAACCUUGUUCAUAUCGUUUGAGUGGGAAUUUACCUUGUGUAAAUAGAAUUAUAGAACAGUAUCCAAAUAUUAAAACAUGUUAUGUUGGAGUUGUUGAACCGGAUGUAUUUGUGAAAAAUAAUUCAUCUUAUCAAUUAUUAAAAGAUAAAAAUAUUGAAUAUAUUCAUAUACCUGGUUAUGAAGAUAUUUGUAUAAAGAUUGCAAAAAAGGGACAUGAAAAAAUUAAAUAA